CAAAAAAAGCGCAAAGAGAAAUAUGUAAAAAUAUUAUUUUGUCAACAUAAAUAUAAACCGGGAAACUCUCGGAAAGGAUUUUUAAAAAAAAAUAUUUCGACUAAGGUCAUUUAUUUUAAAAAUUACAUUAGAAAAGCUUUACAACUGGCAACAUGAGGACCCAAUUAGCCUUUGUUUUAGUUUUGUUAGUUUUUUUCCCUCUAAUAAUUGGUGAUAAUAAUUUGAAAAGUGGUUGGAAGAAACCAAAUGCUUGGGAGGAGGAUGUAGUGGAUACAAAGUCGGAAUCAUCUGACAUAGCGAAAAAUGAGCACUCAUUGAAUACAAAAACAGAAUUGUUUCAAGGAAAACUAAAUGUUACAUUGUUCUAUGAGAGACUUAUAAGAAAGCUGUUUAACAGGAAAAGUUACAUUAAAAUUAAUGAUCAAUUGCAAAGAACUAUUUUAUUUGAAAUUAGUGAAAAUGAAAUGGCGUUAGUAGAGCAAACAACAGAUCCAAGAGAUUGGGAUGAGUUUGUUACAAAGCUGUUUGCGAAUUCAAAAACGGCAGAUAUUUCUGAAACAAAUUUCGUACAAGAUUCUUUCAAUACGAAUUAUUAUAUUCAUCAAAUUUUAAAUACUUCCUGGCUAUCUUUUAUUGAGGACAAUAUUUUUCUAGCCUCAGCUAUUUUGAUUUUUUCAAUAAUAUUUUUGCAUAGAAAGUUUGAUUAUAGUCUUGUAGCGUUAGGCCUGCUGUCCAUUUUUAUAAUUGGUUUUAUCUGUGAAUACUGGGAUUGCAAUAAUGAACUUGAAAUUGAAAAGGUUAUCGAUUUAUUAGAUAAAGACGAAAGAAAUCCGUGCGAAGGCUUUGAUGUUCAAGGUAUGGAUAUAAGAGUUGAAAAACGACCUUGGUAUAAAUUUUGGUCGCCAGCAUCAAAAAAGGAAGAAUGUGCUGAUUAUUUAAGGAAGCAAAGUAAAAAAAUGUCAAACUCGGAAACCUGUAGAGCUGACCAUGUUCUUUCAAGAUAUAUUUAUAAUGUUUUCAUGCAUCAAUUUGAAAUGUUGAUUCGCCGAUUUUUGGAAUUGAAUAAAAAACUGUAUAAUGACUUGCCUUUCGGAGUGAAUUAUUUUGCCAUGGGAUGCUCUUGUUUUUUUUUAAUAUCUUUUUUGACACUAUUUUUCAAAUAUAUUCUUGCGUCCUUGAUAUUUCGUAUUCCAAGUUUGAGAAAUAAUCAACGAAAUAUUAAUUCAGGAGCACAAAUACAAAAUGAUUCCCACCAUGCUUCUUAUCAUGAGAUGCUUCUUAAGCAAAAUGAGAGUAUAAAUCAAUUAGCAAAACUAACUACAUUAACAGUUCGGCAUGCACUAAAUAAUGGCUCUCGAGUGCAAAACAUCGAAGAGAUUGAAGCUAUUUCUGCUCCAUCAGAAAUUUUAGAGUCAAUUGAAGAUAAUUGUGACAAUUGUACAUCAGUUGAACCGGUAACUGAACAUGAAAAUGUAGUUGAUAUAAACAAAAAUGAAAAAACAGUUAAUGAUAAAUCAUCAAGUAUUAAAACUUCUGGUAUAAGUUUGAAAAGCAUAGAUAAAUAACCAAAUACAUAUUGUAUAUAAAAUAACUUCAUAAUUUAGUUAAAUUAUUUGAAUUUUAAAUACUGUUAUUUUACAAUUUAAUGAAUUCAAUUAUGUUGUAAAUGUGUUAUUGUACUAAUUUAUACUUAAAUUUUUUACAAAUUUUUUAUGCUGCUACAGUAUCUUUAUAAGCAUAAUGUGUAAGUAUUUU